UUAGGGGUGAAUAGGGAUAUUCGAAGUGCUUAAAAAAGGACUGUAUCUUAACAGCACCACCAAUUAUAUUUCUAUGAAAAUUCAUCUUAUCUUUGACUCAUUAAAACGCCAUUCUAAUGCCAACAAUAGAGAGACCAGUCUGUUCCCUUCUGAUAUCUGAUCAUUGUAUAUUCAAAAUGGCUCAAGUGGGGUCACACUGUCAGGAGGCCAGAUUUAUUGUUAACAGCGGGAGUGCGCAGCCCUCUGUUAACACACACCGCCCGCGCACUUAUUUCCCAAACAAUGACCACUGCUGCCUAAUGACAUUCAACAAGUGCAGGAUGAAUCCAGAUCCACUCUUGAACACAGGCGGCUCCAGCGCUGAAGCUCUGAAUUGCCAUUAUAAGCAAAGUAUUUCCAUAAGAAAGACGAACAAAGCGCGGUCGUUAUGUUUGCGUUGCCCGGCAACUCCGUGGCUUCCCCUUCACUAUAUAACAGAGGUGAUGGGUUGAUUUUGUCAGCACUCGUUUUGGGGAGAGGUUUCCAAAUCUGCUCCGAAUGGUAAAAUUUCUCCGAUAAGUUUUUGGCCCUUUUCAGAAUCAUGCUCAAUGCUCAGGGGAAAUCCGCUGGGCAAACGGGCACUAAGAUCCUCCUGGAGGCGAUGGCCAAGGAUAAAGUCCACCUGGCCAGGUUCGUUCUGGACGCGCUGGAUGGGGAAAUCGUGGACUCCAAAACAGAGGACGCACAGACUCCGCUCAUCUCUUCUAUCCUGCUGCCCGAUAGUCAGACUAGGUGUAAGUUUGUAGAGCUUCUGCUGCAGAGAGGGGCCAAUGUCAACUGUCAGGACGGAAACGGGCGCACCGCGCUCAGUUACGCCUGUGAGAAAGGCUAUCUGGAUGCUGUGAAGAACCUGGUCCGAAACAACGCAGACCCGGAGAUUGUGGACGCCUGGGGGAACACUGCGCUAAUGUACGCCGCAGUAGCAGGUCACUCCCCUGUCGUUGAGUUUUUGGUGAGAGCUUUCAAGAGGCUGGGUCUUCAGAUAGACAGGCAAAAUCAAGUUGGCAACUCUGCUGUUAAAGUGGCAAAGUUUCUCGGCCACACAGAGUGCAUCGUUGCGCUCACUAACAACUCCAAAAAGGCCCGUGAGGCUGAGCAGGGCGCUCGGGGAAAUGCGCAGCCCCGACUUGGUUUGGGACGCGGUGAUGUAAUUGAAAAGUUUGAGAGGAGAGUUGGACAUUUAGGGAAUAAACUUGAAGACCUCCAAACGUGUAAUCAUGCAGAGUGUCCAUUGGUUCGAAAUUGCACUUGGCAACCAAGACUUUGGGUAAAGCAGAGUCGGUUGCCAUCGAUGGACUCGAUAGAGGAGUUUGAAAGAGAUAAUGAUGGCUCCUACUUGCCUCCACAGGAGCUAGUCUUCUCCGAAGUCCUAAACCCUAAACCCCCACCGCGGACUUCAGAACAUUCUUCCAACUCUAAGCAUCCUAAACCUGGGGAUGAUCACCUCCCCCCUCUUAAACAGAGCUCGAUUUUCUUUUCACCCCGGCCCAGCAGAAACACCCCCAAACCCAGCGCGCCCUCUGCCCUAGGCAUCUUACUGGCUCCCAUUCUCUCCCACAAAAGUGAGAUGGAACCAGGGACAGAAAAAUCUAAAAUAUUAGACUUCGGUGUGCGCAGAUUUCACGAAAAUUACUAUCAGAAAAGAAGUAGUCUACCAACCAGUAUCCUCAGCCCCACACCCCCGGACCGCACACUGGUGCCCGUGCGUAAAUCCACAACCAUGAGGAGGCGCGAAGCGUCACCCUGCAAGCCUGAACCUCUUCUUUUAACCGCUACUUCAACCACGGCUUUCUCGGUGUUGAGCAACAAACUCUUACGCCGUUUUACGUCCCCGGAGUUAAAAAAGGACGCGAAAGAGUUGGAGAAGAAUCCGAUGUUGACUUCAGGGCGGAUUCCGCGAUCAGAAACUUUUCCUCAGAGCAUGAAACAUCCCCAGGUGGGCAGUAAACCUAGCAUCGACAGCAUCAGCUCUGUCAAGUGCGAGUUUGGCUUUCUGAAAUGAAAACCAAAGUGCGUCAUGCGUAAAAAGUGUUUGUCCGUAAUUUAUCCACCACUAAUGUCAAGACUACGACGUUGCUUUUAGACCUCAGAAAUCAUCUGUUACACUCAAUUGCGCUAUUUUUAAAAUUCACCUUCGAAAUGUGUCUCAGUGACCUUAUAAACUCUAAUGCAUUGCAUGCAAGUGAUAGAGCAUCCAACAGCGUCUGUGUCCAAUGUUCUCGUGGUGACAAUAUAUCCGCACUGCAAAAGUUUCUUACAUCCGGACGCUAUCAACCGAAGGAUAGAGGGAGUCAAAUGAACCUAAAAGUUUAACUACGACUGAAUAACUGAAAAACCAACAGUAAUUUAAAAGUAUCUUGCGUAAACUACGUGCGUAAAUGCCAGGUGCGUCUGCCAGUUGGAUACUGCAGCUACAGAGGUAAACGCAAUGUGUAACUUCUACUGUAGUUUCAGUGUGGUUGCUCCUGUGUUCAGCAGCAUUUGCCACUCCCUUUGGAGUGGGUGGGGGUUGCAGAAGUUGAAGGGGUGAUAAAUUAUUGAAAAGAGUAUUAACUUGCGUUGUGCUACAAUCUUUUAUAGGUUUCUGUAUCUUUCACCACGUUAGUGUUGAUUUCUGUUAGAUUAGUCUGCCAUCUUUAAAUACUGAUUUUAAUAAAAUCUCACUAUGAACAUGU